AUGCAAGUGGGACUGAAUUCAGAAAAACGAUCAACAGCUGGCAGUGACGACAAAUUAGUACUGCCGAGUCCAAUGCAAAUUAGCGCAAUUAGUACAACGAGCUUUGCGAGUUCCAUGCAUAUCAGUGAAGCAAGCAGUGUUGCAAGCAGUAAAAGAAUGUCAGUGGUUGAAACCGCAGAAAUUGAAGAUGUAAUUGAAAAACGAUCAACAGCUGGCAGUGACGACAAAUUAGUACUGCCGAGUCCAAUGCAAAUUAGCGCAAUUAGUACAACGAGCUUUGCGAGUUCCAUGCAUAUCAGUGAAGCAAGCAGUGUUGCAAGCAGUAAAAGAAUCUCAUCAUCGGAGGAGGAGAAAACGGACAAAGAUAUAUCAGUUCAUUCGGCGAACGUGACGUCAUCAGGCAGUUCCUCUUAUUCUGCAGUGCCUAAUGUUGGUGAUAGUUCUGUUGUUGUGCUUUUGAAUGAUACUGCUGAAGGUGAUCAAGCGGGUGAUCGGGAAGAUACUCGAAAAAUCCACACAGCAUCUAAUGCUUCACUAGAUGACGAAGUGCAAAUUGUUGAUGUCGUGCCACUACAGCCCUCUGUAUCUCAAGGAAGACCUGCAAAAAAGGUAACUGACAAAGAAAAUUUUCGGCUUCGUUUUUCAAAAAACGUCAACGUCGCCAGCAAGGCCGAAAAUUUUGGAGAAUUGCCAGCUGCACAGUUUGAUGUGCAGCUGUUCGAGAUACUCUUGUUUCAAAAAAUUUCUGAUUUUAAUAUAAUUUUAUAUAUCACCAUUAAUUCCUUUAUUAUCAAACUGUUGUUGAAAGCGUAG